AUGAAGAAGUUCGAGGACUUCAAGAUGCUGCCAAAUGAAGCCGUCACGGACAUGGAACUGAGGUUCACCAGACUCAUGGGUGAUUUGUCAGAUCUCGGGAAGGAAUUAACUGAGAAAGAAAAGAACUUGAAGAUCCUUCGUGGUCUGCCGAAGUCUUGGGAAAUGAAAGUCAUUGCAAUGAGAGACAACCGAGACAUGAAGACUACAAGCACAGUCAAGAUCUUCAGUGAUCUUAAGGCAUACGAGUUUGAGCAUGAACCGAAAGAUGCUGAAGAACCCGAAGCAAGAAACAUAGCUCUCGUGGCCAACCAGCAAGGGUCAACAUCCAACAGGUCAAAAUCUAACUCUGGUGAAUUUUUAUCUGAUGAACAAUAUGCCUUAUUUGUCAGGAAAAUGAAGAGGUUUAUGAGGAAGAACAACUUCCAAGAUUCUCACCGUUCGGGACACCGAAAGCAACAUGAAAGUUCACCUCAAACCUCAAAGCCAGAAACUUCAGACUCUCAAAUGCUGUGCUACAACUGUCGGAAGCCAGGACACUUCAAAGCAAACUGUCCUCAUCCAAUUGUGAGCAAGCACCAAGACAGUAGUACUACCAAAAAUUCACCCAAAGAAGCUGGAGAAAAUUAUAAAAGGAAUGAUAAAUCAGAAUCGUCGAACUCCAGAAACGAAAGAAGAAGGAAAGACAUGGUAGCUAACGAGCCAUCUGACACGGUUGAAGCCAAAAGCAGUUCCUCAAGCUCAAGCUCAGAGGACGAAAGUUCUGAAGAAGAAAAAGGACUGCUACGCCUGUUCAGUCAAGAGACAGAAGAUCUAUGCCUUAUGGCUGAUGAGGAUGAGGUAAAUUCUCAAUCAUCCUCUUGUUAUUCAGCAGAGUCCAGUUCUGUAGGGAGUCAAACUUCCAAUGAAUCAGUUACUGAAAUGAUGAGGAAGUUUAAAGUAAUCAAAAGCACAUACUCUAAACUUAAGGAUGAGAACUCUCGGCUUAUGAUUAGCUACAAUGCGCUAAGGCAAGUUCGAGUCGAGAACAUAAUGCUAGCCAUGGCUAAGAAGCAACUUGAGGAAAAUGUUCUCGCUCUGAAAGAGCAGUGCACAUCAAGAGAAAAGAGAGAGCAAGAAUUGUGUAAAGUCUUUAAUAAAUUCAACAAUUCGUCCAAUCUAAUGGACCGAAUGGUGAAUGAAUCUAGACUGCCCGGGGAGAGAACGGGAAUUGGUUUUGACCCCAGCUCCUCUUCACAAGUCGGCUUGAACAAAUCUACGAAUGCUUAUUUUCACGAAAGUUUUCAAGCUGUAUUUGUUCAAGGUCCAACCCAGGACAAGCAAGUCAUAUGGUAUGUCGAUAGUGGCUACUCAAGACAUAUGACUGGUGAUAAAACGAUGUUGAGCAAUUUCAAAGAAGUCGAUGGACCUAAAGUCAUCUUUGGAGGAGAAACCAGUGGUAAAACUCGUGGAACAGGAAACAUCAUAAAAAAGGGAAUAACAAUCCAAGAUGUAGCUUAUGUUGAAGGAUUAAAAUUUAAUCUCCUGAGCACAAGUCAGUUCUGUGACAAAGGCUACAAAGUUGAAUUUUCCAAGGACAACUGCAAAAUAAUCAACACGAGAGAUGGAGAGAUCGCAUUAACUGGCCAACGAAAGAAAAACAUGUACGUAAUCUCGUGGAAUUCUUCUAACGCUAACGUUUGUUUUGUGGCUAAAAGUAAUGCAGAUCUAAGUCAAGAAUGGCACAACAAAUUGAGUCAUCUAAAUCUGAAAACCAUUAACAAGCUAGCAAAGAAAGAUCUCGUGAAAGGCUUACCCAAAGCAUCCUACAUGAAAGAUAAGAUCGUGAAGCAUGUCAAAAGGGAAAACAAAUUAAAUCAUCCUUCAAAUCCAAGGAUGUGGAUGCAAACUCUCGUUCUUUAA